GCUCCCUGCGGCGCCCGCCCAUCUCGCACUCGCACGCGCGCACACGCCGCCCACGCACGCAGCCUCCACGCCGACAGCUCUCUCCGGCAACUCCAGCACACGCUCUGCACUCUGCGCCGGCGCGUCGUGGGCUCCAGCAUGACUAGGAGGUGAAGACACACACCCAGCGAGCACUGCCAGCGAUCACCGACCAUGGAGCCGGUCAGCGCCGCCAAACUGUGGCUGGUGCUGAUAGUGACGGCUCUGCUAUCAGCCACGCACGCACAGGACGCCAGAAGAGACGGAGAUGGCGGCAAAGAAGUCAUAGUCGACAUCGAAAACGAGGACAAGACGCAGUAUCACGAGCAGAACUUUAAUAAUAGUGCUUACGAGUAUGGAUACGAGGUGGGCCCGGACGGGCAGUUCCACCACGAGAACCGCGGACCGGAUGGCGUGGUGUACGGCUGCUACGGGUACGUGGACCCAGAGGGCAAGCUGCGAGCCACGCACUACGUGUCGGACGCCUGGGGUUACCGCGUCGUGCAGCCGGGAAGGCCUGUGGAGAUCUUCCUCCACCCACACGACGAAGGACACGACCACGGCGGCGGCGAGGAGCACGGCCACGAGGGACACGGGCACGGUCAUGGUCAUGGGCACCAUGGAGUUGUGACACCGUGGAACAAGCUCUACUUCCCUAAAGGAUGUGGCGGAGUCCGACCACCAGGGCAGCCUGGGGGUGGACCAUUCCCAGGUCCUGGAGGUGGACCAGUAGAAGGAGCUGGCACAGGAACAGAUGGGGGAGCUAUUCUCCCAGGACAAAGACCACCUGAAGGAGGUCCACCAGGUGCACCAGGAUACCCAGGUGCACCAGGCUAUCCAGGAGGACCAGGGGGACCUGGUGGACCAGGAGGACCAGGUGGGCCUGGAGGACCAGUAGGACCAGGAGGACCUACAGGACCAGGUGGUCCAGUAGGACCAGGAGGUCCAGUUGGACCAGGAGGACCAACAGGCCCAGCACCACCAGGGGCACCAGGAGGCCCUGGAGGACCAGGGGGACCAGGAGGACCAGGUGGACCAGGAGGACCACCAGGUAUAGGAGGACCAACAGGGCCUGGAGGACCAGUUAGACCAGGAAUACCAGGAAGACCAGGAGCACCAGGAACACCAGGAGGACCAGGAGGACCAGGUGGACCAGGAGGUCCAGGAGGACCAGGAGGACCACCGGGUAUAGGAGGACCAACAGGCCCUGGAGGGCCAGUUAGACCAGGAAUACCAGGAAGACCAGGAGCACCAGGAACACCAGGAGGACCUGGAGGACCUGGAGGUCCUGGAGGACCAGGAGGACCAGGAGGACCACCAGGUAUAGGAGGACCAUCAGGGCCUGGAGGACCAGUUAGACCAGGAAUACCAGGAAGACCAGGAGCACCAGGAACGCCAGGAGGGCCAGGAGGACCUGGAGGACCUGGAGGACCUGGAGGACCAGGAGGACCACCAGGUAUAGGAGGACCAACAGGUCCUGGAGGACCACUUCAACCAGGAAUACCAGGAAGACCAGGAGCACCAGGAACACCAGGAGGGCCAGGAGGACCUGGAGGACCUGGAGGACCAGGAGGACCAGGAGGACCACCAGGUAUAGGAGGACCAACAGGUCCUGGAGGACCACUUCAACCAGGAAUACCAGGAAGACCAGGAGCACCAGGAACACCAGGAGGGCCAGGAGGACCUGGAGGACCUGGAGGACCAGGAGGACCAGGAGGCCCACCAGGUAUAGGAGGGCCAACAGGGCCUGGAGGACCAGUUAGACCAGGAAUACCAGGAACACCAGGAGCACCAGGAACACCAGGAGGGCCUGGAGGACCUGGAGGUCCUGGAGGACCAGGAGGACCAGGAGGACCACCAGGUAUAGGAGGGCCAACAGGGCCUGGAGGACCAGUUAGACCAGGAAUACCAGGAACACCAGGAGCACCAGGAACACCAGGAGGGCCUGGAGGACCUGGAGGACCAGGAGGACCAGGAGGACCAGGUGGACCACCAGGUAUUGGAGGACCUACAGGUCCAGGGGGACCAGGUAUACCAGGAAGACCAGGAGCACCAGGAACACCAGGAGGACCUGGAGGACCAGGUGGGCCAGGGGGCCCUCCAUUCCCAGGAGGACCAACUGGGCCAGGAGGACCAGGAAUACCAGGUAUACCAGGAGCACCGGGAGCACCAGGAGGGCCAGGUGGUCCAGGAGGGCCAGGUGGACCUGGAGGGCCACCAGGAAUAGGAGGACCUACAGGCCCUGGAGGACCAGUUAGACCCGGAAUACCAGGAAGACCAGGAGCACCAGGCACACCAGGAGGACCAGGUGGUCCAGGAGGGCCAGGAGGACCAGGUGGGCCAGGAGGACCACCAGGAAUAGGAGGACCUACAGGACCAGGUGGACCAGUCAGACCAGGAAUACCAGGAAUACCAGGAGCACCAGGCACACCAGGUGGACCAGGAGGUCCAGGAGGCCCAGGAGGCCCAGGUGGGCCAGGAGGACCACCAGGAAUAGGAGGACCUACAGGGCCAGGAGGACCAGGAAUACCAGGAAGACCAGGAGCGCCAGGAACACCAGGAGGUCCUGGAGGUCCAGGAGGGCCAGGAGGUCCUCCUUUCCCAGGAGGACCGACUGGUCCAGGAGGACCAGGAAUACCAGGUGUACCAGGAGCACCUGGAGCACCUGGAGGUCCAGGAGGACCUGGUGGACCUGGUGGACCAGGAGGACCACCAGGAAUAGGAGGACCUACAGGACCAGGGGGACCAGGAAUACCAGGAAGGCCAGGAGCGCCAGGAACACCAGGAGGACCAGGUGGACCUGGAGGACCAGGAGGUCCAGGAGGUCCGCCAGGAACAGGAGGACCAACAGGCCCUGGAGGACCAGGAAUACCAGGCAGGCCAGGAGCACCAGGGGCUCCAGGUGGUCCAGGAGGACCAGGUGGACCAGGUGGACCAGGAGGGCCACCAGUUCCUGGAAUUCCUGGAGGCCCAGGAUACCCAGGAUACCCAGGAGGCUAUCCUACUGGACCAGGUACUUUCCCUGGUGCGCCUGGUUUACCAGGUGCACCAGGUGUACCAGGAGCUCCAGGACAACCUGGAGGCCCAGGAUAUCCUGGAGGACGACCGCCUACAGGACCUAUUGGUUUCCCCGGUACCCCAGGAGCCCCAGGACAACCAGGCGCACCAGGACAACCCGGAGCACCAGGGUUCCCUGGACAGAGACCACCGACUGGACCAGGAGGCUAUCCUGGCGCCCCUGGAAUCCCAGGACAACCAGGCUACCCGGGAACACCAGGCCAGAGGCCGCCGUUAGGACCAGGAGGAUAUCCAGGAGGACCAGGAUACCCAGGCGGAGGUCCAGGAGGAUACCCAGGAUACCCCGGCGCUCCAGGGCUUCCAGGAGCACCAGGAUACCCAGGAGGACCGGGACAGAAGCCUCCCACAGGACCUGGCGGAUACCCCGGGGCACCAGGACAACCAGGAGCUCCAGGACUUCCAGGGGUACCAGGACAACCGGGACAGAGGCCUCCAUCAGGACCUGGAGGAUAUCCAGGAGGAUAUCCAGGCGGAUACCCAGGCUACCCAGGAGCUCCAGGAGGCCCAGGCGCACCAGGAACACCAGGUGUGCCAGGUAAGCCUGGAACACCAGGGACACCCGGAUACCCAGGAAUACCGGGAGGAUCAGGAUAUCCAGGAGGAAGACCACCAGUGGGAGGAGUACCAGGAGGAUACCCAGGAGGACCAGGUGCACCAGGUGCACCAGGCUACCCAGGAGCACCAGGAUUGCCAGGAGGAAGGCCACCAUCAGGAGGAGGGCCAACUGCACCAGGAGGCUACCCAGGUCAGCCAGGUAGACCAGGAACACCAGGGACACCUGGAGCACCUGGAUUACCAGGGACACCAGGAGGACCAGGAUAUCCAGGAGGAAGACCACCUACAGGUGGUGGACCAACAGCACCAGGAGGAUACCCAGGUGGUCCAGGUGCACCAGGAGUACCAGGCUACCCAGGGGCACCUGGAGUACCAGGAUUGCCAGGAGGAAGGCCACCAUCAGGAGGAGGACCAACUGCACCAGGAGGCUACCCAGGUCAACCAGGUAGGCCAGGAACACCUGGAGCACCUGGAUUACCAGGGACACCAGGAGGACCAGGAUAUCCAGGAGGAAGACCACCUACAGGUGGUGGACCAACAGCACCAGGAGGAUACCCAGGUGGUCCAGGUGCACCAGGAGCACCAGGCUACCCAGGGGCACCUGGGGUACCAGGAUUGCCAGGAGGAAGGCCACCAUCAGGAGAAGGGCCAACUACACCAGGAGGCUACCCAGGUCAGCCAGGUAGACCAGGAACACCAGGAACACCUGGAGCACCUGGAUUACCAGGGACACCAGGAGGACCAGGAUAUCCAGGAGGAAGACCACCUACAGGUGGUGGACCAACAGCACCAGGAGGAUACCCAGGUGGUCCAGGUGCACCAGGAGCACCAGGCUACCCAGGGGCACCGGGGGUACCAGGAUUGCCAGGAGGAAGGCCACCAUCAGGAGGAGGACCAACUGCACCAGGAGGCUACCCAGGUCAACCAGGUAGGCCAGGAACACCAGGAACACCUGGAGCACCUGGAUUACCAGGGACACCAGGAGGACCAGGAUAUCCAGGAGGAAGACCACCUACAGGUGGAGGACCCACAGCACCAGGAGGAUACCCAAGUGGCCCAGGUGCACCAGGAGCACCAGGCUACCCAGGAGCACCUGGGGUACCAGGACUGCCAGGAGGAAGGCCACCAUCAGGAGGAGGGCCAACUGCACCAGGAGGCUACCCAGGUCAGCCAGGUAGACCAGGAACACCAGGAACACCUGGAGCACCUGGAUUACCAGGGACACCAGGAGGACCAGGAUAUCCAGGAGGAAGACCACCUACAGGUGGUGGACCCACAGCACCAGGAGGAUACCCAAGUGGCCCAGGUGCACCAGGAGCACCAGGCUACCCAGGAGCACCUGGGGUACCAGGACUGCCAGGAGGAAGGCCACCAUCAGGAGGAGGGCCAACUGCACCAGGAGGCUACCCAGGUCAGCCAGGUAGACCAGGAACACCAGGAACACCUGGAGCACCUGGAUUACCAGGGACACCAGGAGGACCAGGAUAUCCAGGAGGAAGACCACCUAUAGGUGGUGGACCCACAGCACCAGGAGGAUACCCAGGUGGACCAGGUGCACCAGGAACACCAGGCUACCCAGGGGUACCAGGAGAACCUGGUGUACCAGGACUGCCAGGAGGAAGGCCACCAUCAGGAGGAGGGCCAACUGCACCAGGAGGCUACCCAGGUCAACCAGGUAAGCCAGGAACACCUGGAGCACCUGGAUUACCAGGGACACCAGGAGGACCAGGAUAUCCAGGAGGAAGACCACCUACAGGUGGUGGACCCACAGCACCAGGAGGAUACCCAAGUGGCCCAGGUGCACCAGGAGCACCAGGUUACCCAGGAGCACCUGGGGUACCAGGACUGCCAGGAGGAAGGCCACCAUCAGGAGGAGGACCAACUGCACCAGGAGGCUACCCAGGUGGCCCAGGCAUUCCAGGAGCGCCAGGCUAUCCAGGAGCCCCAGGAGUACCGACAGGACCAGGAACUGGCCAACCACAACCAGGACAACCGGGAGCACCAGGUGCUCCUGGACUACCAGGCAAGCCAGGAACACCAGGUCAACCAGGCACACCAGGCUACCCAGGAGGGCCAGGAUAUCCAGGCCAACCAGGAAUAUCAACAGGACCAGGUGGAAGACCACCAACUGGAGGGUACCCAGGAGGACCAACUGGUCCAGGAGCACCAGGACAACCAGGAGCACCAGGACUACCAGGGCAGCCUGGAUACCCAGGACAGCCAGGAGUACCAUCAGGGCCAGGAGGAAGACCACCCACUGGAGGUUACCCAGGAGUACCAUCAGCACCAGGUGGAAGACCACCUACUGGAGGUUAUCCAGGAGGACCAACUGGACCAGGAUUACCAGGAGGACCAGGAUUACCAGGGCAACCAGGACGACCUGGCACACCAGGUCAGCCAGGAACACCAGGAUACCCUGGAGGACCAGGGUACCCAGGCCAACCAGGAAUACCAACAGGACCAGGAGGAAGACCACCAACAGGAGGGUACCCAGGAGGACCAACUGGUCCAGGAGCACCAGGACAGCCAGGAGCACCAGGACAGCCAGGAGCGCCAGGAUUACCAGGGCAACCAGGUGCACCGGGUUACCCUGGAGGUAGACCACCAUCACCAGGAUAUCCAGGAGGUCCAGGAUUACCAGGCACACCAGGACAACCAGGAGUACCAGGACAACCAGGAUAUCCAGGAGGACCAUCAGUACCUGGUGGCCGACCACCUACUGGAGGCUACCCUGGAGGACCAACUGGGCCAGGAGGACCUGGAUUACCGGGUCAACCAGGACGACCUGGUGUGCCAGGACAACCAGGAACACCAGGCUACCCAGGAGGACCAGGAUAUCCAGGCCAACCAGGAAUACCAACAGGACCAGGAGGAAGACCACCAACAGGAGGAUACCCAGGAGCACCAAGUGGUCCAGGAGCACCAGGACAGCCAGGAGCACCAGGAAUACCAGGACAGCCGGGAUACCCAGGACAGCCAGGAGUUCCAACAGGCCCAGGGGGAAGACCUCCUACUGGAGGCUACCCAGGGGCACCAGGAGGACCAACAGGUCCUGGAGGUCCAGGAUUACCGGGCCAACCUGGACGACCUGGCACACCAGGUCAGCCAGGAACACCAGGAUACCCAGGCGGACCAGGAUACCCAGGUCAACCAGGAAUACCAACAGGACCAGGAGGAAGACCACCAACAGGAGGAUAUCCAGGAGCACCAAGUGGUCCAGGAGCACCAGGACAGCCAGGAGCACCAGGAAUACCAGGACAGCCGGGAUACCCAGGACAGCCAGGAGUUCCAACAGGCCCAGGUGGAAGACCUCCUACUGGAGGCUACCCAGGGGCACCAGGAGGACCAACAGGUCCUGGAGGUCCAGGAUUACCGGGCCAACCUGGACGACCUGGCACACCAGGUCAGCCAGGAACACCAGGAUACCCAGGCGGACCAGGAUACCCAGGUCAACCAGGAAUACCAACAGGACCAGGAGGAAGACCACCAACAGGAGGAUACCCAGGAGCACCAAGUGGUCCAGGAGCACCAGGACAGCCAGGAGCACCAGGAAUACCAGGACAGCCUGGAUACCCAGGACAGCCAGGAGUUCCAACAGGCCCAGGUGGAAGACCUCCUACUGGAGGCUACCCAGGGGCACCAGGAGUACCAACAGGUCCUGGAGGCCAACCAGGGCGACCUGGCACUCCAGGUCAGCCAGGAACACCAGGAUACCCAGGCGGACCAGGAUACCCAGGUCAACCAGGAAUACCAACAGGACCAGGAGGAAGACCACCAACAGGAGGAUAUCCAGGAGCACCAAGUGGUCCAGGAGCACCAGGACAGCCAGGAGCACCAGGAAUACCAGGACAGCCUGGAUACCCCGGACAGCCUGGAGUUCCAACAGGCCCAGGUGGAAGACCUCCUACUGGAGGCUACCCAGGGGCACCAGGAGGACCAACAGGUCCUGGAGGUCCAGGAUUACCAGGCCAACCAGGGAGACCUGGCACACCAGGUCAGCCAGGAACACCAGGAUACCCAGGUGGACCAGGAUACCCAGGUCAACCAGGAAUACCAACAGGACCAGGAGGAAGACCACCAACAGGAGGAUACCCAGGAGCACCAAGUGGUCCAGGAGUGCCAGGACAGCCAGGAGCACCAGGAAUACCAGGACAGCCUGGAUACCCAGGACAGCCAGGAGUUCCAACAGGUCCAGGUGGAAGACCUCCUACUGGAGGCUACCCAGGGGCACCAGGAGGACCAACAGGUCCUGGAGGUCCAGGAUUACCUGGCCAACCAGGGCGACCUGGCACACCAGGUCAGCCCGGAACACCAGGAUACCCAGGCGGACCAGGGUACCCAGGCCAACCAGGAAUACCAACAGGACCAGGAGGAAGACCACCAACAGGAGGGUACCCAGGAGGACCAACUGGUCCAGGCGCACCUGGAAAGCCAGGAGCACCAGGAAUACCAGGACAGCCUGGAUACCCAGGACAGCCAGGAGUUCCAACAGGCCCAGGUGGAAGACCACCUACUGGAGGUUACCCAGGAGCACCAGGAGGACCAACAGGUCCUGUACUGCCAGGAGGUCCAGGAUUACCAGGCCAACCUGGACAACCUGGCACACCAGGUCAGCCAGGAACACCGGGAUACCCAGGCGGACCAGGAUACCCAGGUCAACCAGGAAUACCAACAGGACCAGGAGGAAGACCACCAACAGGAGGAUAUCCAGGAGGACCAACUGGUCCUGGAGCACCAGGACAGCCAGGAGCACCAGGCCUACCAGGUGCACCAGGUUACCCUGGAGGUAGACCACCAUCACCAGGCUACCCAGGAGGUCCAGGAUUACCAGGUGCUCCAGGACAGCCAGGAGUACCUGGACGACCAGGAUAUCCAGGAGGGCCAUCAGGGCCUGGUGGUAGACCACCCACAGGAGGGUACCCUGGAGGACCAUCUGGGCCAGGAGGACCAGGAUUACCAGGCCAACCAGGACGACCUGGCAUACCAGGUCAGCCAGGAACACCAGGACAGCCAGGGGGACCAGGAUAUCCAGGCCAACCUGGAAUACCCACAGGACCAGGUGGAAGACCACCAACUGGUGGUUUCCCAGGAGGACCAAGUGGUCCAGGAGCUCCAGGACAGCCAGGAACACCAGGACAGCCAGGUGCACCAGGAGUACCAGGUUACCCAGGAUAUCCAACAGGACCUGAGGGACCAACAGGACCUGGAGGCAGGCCUCCACCUGGAUAUCCAGGAGGGCCUGGAGCACCUGGGGCUCCAGGUACUCCUGGAGCUCCUGGACUCCCUGGACAACCUGGGACACCAGGGUACCCAGGAGCACCAGGAGGACCUAGUGGAGGACAACCACCUUCUACUACUCCAGGAGGCGGAGCGCCCCCAGUGCAGCUGGUGCCCUACCCGCUGCCCAUCGUGCCAGUGCCGGGCCUGUGCCCGUGCUACCUGGUCGAGCCCAGCGCCAACGGUACGUCUGGCAACGUGAGCCUGCCGCCCACGCCACCCCCCUACAGGCCUCCGCCGACCUACAGCCCGCCCCCGCAGCAGCAGGGCGGCCUGCCGCCCUACGCCUUCAUCGGCUUCAUCCCGGUCAUCUUCUACCCGUACUGCCCGGGCAACGGCAGCGAUCCCAGCCAGACGCUGCAGCCCAUGUUCCCCUCGGCGGUACUGGCGCCCUACCCCUGCUCGCAGUGCGGCUCGGGCAGUGGGGAGCAGCUGCCGCCGCCCACGCUGGCGCGGUUCGACCCCUCGUCCAGCUUCGGGCGCGUGCUGGACCUCGCCAACAUCCCGCUCACCUCUGUCGUCAGGGCGCCGCACCGGCGAGUCAUGAAGCGCAGGCAUCGAGUGCUCCCUGCCACGGCACCGGCGCUCUGACACUGACAGCCCGUACAGAAUCGCCCUCGCCUGUCCUGAAGAUGACCACUUCCGUUGCCUUCGAAGCGCCACCGUGCCUCCAGCUCAAGUGGCCUACCAGACAGCAUGAACUGGGACACGAAACUACAAAAAACUGUUGAACAUCUAUUCCACAUAUACGUAACAAGGGUGUUAUACACUUUGCGAUAUGGUAACUAGGCGCCAGUUUCCUUUGUUGAUCACGUCCCGACCUUACCAGAGGGUGCCAACAUUUUACGAAAUGUCUGCAGGCUCUGGUAGCCGUUGACACUGAUGUUAAAAUUAUCUGGGUUAUGGUGUUCUAGCAGUAGUGGACACUAAAAGAUCCUGAGGAAGAUCCCAGCACAGGGGUCGAAACGUCGAACAUUUUAGAAGAAACAUGACGCGGCCUAAUAAUCCAGAAGAUUUUAACUUCAUUUUACAAAACCUUCUUCACAUAUUUGUUCCAGUGACUUGCUCCACCUUGCGUGGUCUGCCCGAAAUUAAUCUGGACUCCGAUAUCCUGUCUGCAACUAGUUUUUCAGAACAUUCAGCAUAUGACGUAUUGGAACAUUUGUGAGAUGUUAUGUCAACAUCGAGGUAAGCAGAGAAUGUAGAAACAAUUAUGAUUACAAAGAAAGCAACGCCUAUAAAAGUUAGAGUCAGUAAAGCCGCAUUGCUGUCUAGAUAAAAAGAAGUCCUCUUGGAAGGAGGCACGGAGUGAGCACACUCGGCGAAACGGAAGCGGCAAUUGUCGACAGGCGGGCUAGAUUCUCGGUCUCUACUCCUGUCGCUACUGGUCUAUUUGCUCUCGUACCUACAUUCUUCGUUCCACCCCUCAUCCAUGCCUCACAUCCUUUCUAGACUAACACAUCACCUGCAAAGAUCCUACAUCAGAGAGCUUUCUGGAUCAGUCGCGGCGACGGGGGACUCGGCUACUGCUGUCCCUGUCACAGGGGCAGUGGUGGCCGGAUGGGUCUGGGCGUCUGAGUAGGAGAACCUCGCGCCGUGCUCACUUCGCUCGGACGGCGGCCUUGCUGCAGGAAAUGCUCACUGCUAAUCACUAUUUAUAUGCAUACGUGAAAACGCUCCGUUGUGGGCUUCGGCGCCUCGAAAGCUUCCCUACUUCGCAGCUGCCUUUGCCUCUCGCUACACAUGCUCCGCUCCAACGCACUACAUUGUGAAGAUCACAUGCCCAGGUCCAUCCUCACGUAACACCGUCAGAGAGUGCCUAUUGUAUUUAAAAACAUUUUCUAAUCCUUAAAUUAUAUUCUACACAUGCCAAUAAUUAUUUUUGUACAAUGAGAAAAUACUUUAUAAGCAAGUAUUUUAACAUGUAGAAACUUUGUUUCAACAAUUAAUGAGACGGAUGCCGCUUGUUUUUAAGUUAAGAUUUCGUUGACUCUACAGGUGUAUGAAUAAAUUGUCCGUAUAUACGAGUCUCGCAUUUUUAUGAGACGUACAAAGCUGUAAAAACAAAAAAUUUAAAUACAGUCUUUUUAUAAAA